AUGGUUGUCCUUUCGAGACCAGCGACCUUCAAUGCCUGGCGCGACGUGCAUAGUUCCUACUCGGAGUUUACUAAGCCGAUGGUGCAAUCCGCGCAGGACGAUCGCCAGUAUAAGCUUAUAACGCUAGAUAACGGGUUACAGGCCCUCCUAAUUAGUGACCCUUCUACUGACAAGGCCGCCGCCAGUCUCAAUGUUGGUGUUGGACACCUCAGCGAUCCCGACGACCGUCCUGGACUGGCACACUUUUGUGAACAUUUGCUCUUUCUUGGUACAAAACAAUUUUCCAAGGAGAACGCAUACAGCGAGUACGUUUCCCAACAUGGGGGUGGGACUAAUGCAUAUACAUCGACCACGAACACCAACUAUCAUUUCCACAUCUCAGCAUCAGCUCUUGAAGGGGCUUUAGAGCGCUUCUCUGCAUUCUUUCAUUCUCCCCUAUUUACCCCUUCUGGUACUGCGCGAGAAGUCAAUGCCGUCGAUUCUGAAAACAAGAAAAACAUGCAGAACGACCUGUGGCGUCUCUUCCAGUUAGACAAGUCGUUAAGUGCAACUGGGAAUCGUUGGAGCAAGUUUGGGAGCGGAAAUUAUGAGAGCUUGAUGGGUCAGAAGAAGCCGCAGGAGGAUGAUGUUGUGAGUGGCACGGCAAAUGGCGCGGCGAAUGGCGACCUUCCCACCAGCGCCAAUAUCGCUGAAGCCGAACCCGAAGCGGAGGAUGGUGGUCUGGCGGGGCGAGAGGUUCGCCGGAUCUUGUUGGACUGGUACUCAAAGCAUUACUCGGCAAACAGGAUGACAUUGGCUAUACUCGGAAAAGAGCCGAUCGAGUCCUUAAUUCAGCUGACGACUAGGUUGUUUUCUCCAAUCCCUAAUCGGAAUCUACCCCCUCUCCGUAACGAUGCGUUAGAACCAUCUUCCUACCCGAAACUAGUGUCCCCUUGGGGUCCAGAUGAAGAAGGGACAACGAUUUUUGCCAAAACCGUGAUGGAUUUCCGUGCCCUAGAGCUUCGAUGGGUAGUCCCUUGGAGCGCACCACUAUAUAAGACGAAGCCAGCUCGAGUGAUCAGUCACUUCCUUGGUCAUGAAGGCGUGGGGUCCAUUUGCUCUGUUCUCAAGAAGCAAGGUUGGAUCACUGCACUCCACAGUGCAUCGUCCACUGGAGACAGGGAAAAUGGCUGGGAUUACUUCCGUGUUUCGAUGAGCCUGACGAAAGAAGGAUGGGCCAAGUAUGCAUCCAUCGUCCAAACGGUCGAUGCGUACAUUAAACUGUUGCGUUCCUCACCCAUUGCUGAUUGGCAUUUCAAUGAAAUGAAGACCAUUGCCCAGACUGACUUCCGCUUCAGCGAAAAGACUUCCCCAGACCAAUAUGUGACGCAUUUAUCAGAGGUUCUGGCCAAACCUUACGCACGCGAGGACAUUCUUAGCGCUGGAACACUACUAUACGAGUUUGACGAGGUUGCCGUGCGAGAGACCCUGAGGGGGAUGACUCUGACCAAAGCAAGACUUAUGAUGAUGGCGCGCGACGAUGCAGACUGGAGUGCAAUCCACAUAGCUAGGGAGCCACUAUUUGCCGACGGCAAGAAUGCCGGUAAAUGGGAGAAGGAGAAAUGGUAUGGCACUGAGUACCUGGUUCGCCCCUUGAACGUGAGCGAUGGUCUUGUUGUGGAGGGAUUGGCCAUGCCAGGAUCCAACGCGUUCAUCCCAACCAACCUCGAGGUGGCUAAAAAAGAAGUUACCGAGCCGCUUAAGCGACCGUUAAAGAUACGAGAAACUCCGCUAUCCACACUGUGGUACAAGAAGGAUGAUCGAUUUUGGGUCCCAAGAGCAACCUUUAUUCAAACAUUCCCCUUUUUGCUUAGCCCUCUGUCAGCUAUAACACCCCGGAACCGUGUAAUGACAAGACUCAUCGGUAACCUCGUCGAAGAUGCUCUUAUGGAAAGAACAUACGAUGCCGAUCUCGCUGGCCUCAGUUACAGGGUUAUGGGGGAAAGCGAUGGCAUAUAUGUCUCGGUCACUGGUUACAGCGACAAGCUGCCAGUUCUGUUGCGGACAAUUUUGACGGAAGUCAAAAACUUCGUCGUUGAUCCCCAGCGAUAUGACGUGCUGAAGGAACAGCUUCGCCAAGAGUGGGAGAACUCCGAGUUGGACCAGCCACAUACACUCGCUGAGCUCAAAAUUGCACAAAUCAUCCGAGAGCAAGCAUGGAGCGCUCGCGAAAGAUUGAACGAGCUUGAGUUCGUGGCUGCCGAAGACGUUCAGAAGCACCUACAGAUUUUACUCUCACGUACGCACUCCAAAGCACUCAUUCAUGGAAACGUUUCGAAGGAUAGCGCCAUUUCAGUUAUGCGGGAUGUGGAGGAUAUAUUAAGUACCCGAGGUCUCACCCCAAUCGAACAGAUAUCCACACGAAGCCACAUCCUGCCACCAGGCAAAAGCUUUGUAGUCGAGACACCUGUUCCCAACAAGGAUGACGUUAACUCCAGCAUUAUGUAUUAUUGUCAAAUUGGAGAUAGCACCGACGUCCGUCUUCGAUCCACGGCGCAUUUGCUGGCGCAAAUCACCCGCGAACCCUGUUUCGAUCAACUUCGAACGAAGGAACAGCUAGGGUAUAUUGUCUUCAGUGGUACAUGGACCACGACCGGCAUUCUAGGCUUCAAAUUUACUGUACAGAGCGAGCGCUCUCCCACGUACCUCGAAUCCCGAGUGGAUGCUUUCUUGGAGCAACUGAGAGGUUAUAUCACUGAUAUGAGUGCGGAAGCCUUCGACCGAGAAAGACAAAGUCUCAUCGACAAGAAGUUGGACAAAUUAAAAAAUCUGCGACAGGAAACGAACCGUUUCUGGAGCCACAUUCACGACGGUUACAAUGAUUUCCUACGCCAUGAAACUGAAUGCGAAACUCUCAAAACGAUCACGAAAGAUGAAGUCCUUUCCCUCCUGAUGACGCACAUUCACCCAUCAUCUCCGACUCGCAGCAAGCUAUCAGCUCACAUCUACUCUCAAACUGUUCCAUCCCCACGCAUGUCACUCGCCGCUUCCGCCGAGCUUCUCAAACACCUGAAGGCUGCAGGUAUUCCAGUCCAGGAAGGCCCAUACAACGCGGCUGCUGCGAUGCAGUUCUCCGUGGCGGUCAAUCAGACCGCGUGGAGGGAUUACUUCGACAAGGACAUGCCAGAAUUCGACAAGAAAGUCGCCGCCCAACUGAUCACUCUCAUGCCCAAAUUAGCCAAGAUGUAUCCUCUCGAGGAACCCGGGUCAGAUGCGCCGGCGAAACUCCCCGAGGGAACGAUAUUUAUUGAGGAUAUUGCCGAGUUCAAAUCAACCCUGCCUCUGGGCAAGGCGGCGCACCCGGUAGAGAUUUAUUCUGACUUUGGAUCCAAGUUGUAA